AAAGGUUUUGAGCUGAACGCUGCGCCAUGUAGACCACAAGGGAAAGGCUGUUUGAUGACUGGGAGCUCAUGGCGAUCCGCUCGAGUCUUCCUUCUAGUGCUUCCAUGUGGUGCGUACGAUGCGAUCCAACGUAUUGCUUCUGCUCGGUUGUAUGGAAAUGUCUAUGAUUACAUGUACUAUUUCUUGGACCUCAGUGUGGGCACUCCCCCGCAGCGGGUUUCAGUUAUUGUAGAUACUGGCAGCAGUAUCACCGCUUUCCCUUGCCAAAGUUGCAGGCACUGCGCAAGUCAUAUGGACCCGCUCUUUGACAUCACCAGAAGUAGCACUGCACAUUGGUUGCCAUGCGGUCGAAGCUGUGCUCCUUGCACCUCUGAUGGCAAGCACUGCACAUACCACCAGGGCUACACCGAGGGCAGUUCCAUUGGCGGAUGGUGGUUUGAGGUUGGAGGCCAUCGCCAGGUUCGAGGCCAUUGCUACUAGGUUGGAGGCCUUUGCCAUGCACUUUGUGAACAUCACCCCGAGAGAAUUCACAGUUUCUCGACAGGAUGUGCUGCGGUCAUCGCCUUAGUUGAGUGUGUCAUCACCGUGAAGACAUGGAAGAGAAGAACGCCAAAAAAGAGCUGAAACAUGCUGAAACGUAGUUUCUUUGCGCCUUUAAGUAAAUUCCUUUUAUGUGUUUCAUGUCAAGUGCCUCCCUUGCCGCGCAGCUCACUCUGCUCAGUAUUGGGGACCUUUUCCAGCAGAACCCGGAGAUGCGUGCGCGAUUGGGGUGCCACCAGGAGGAAACACGGCUCUUCUACACGCAGAAGGCCAAUGGCAUCAUGGGCAUCAGGCAGCCGCAAGAAGGGCAGCCAACUUUGCUACAGCAGCUGAUGCGAGAUAGGGACCGGAUCAAUGCAGAUAUCUUUACUAUGUGCAUCGCGGACUCCGGUGGUCGUCUCACUGUGGGUGGGCUCAAUGAGUCUGAUCACAGAGGAGAGGUCAAGUACAUCAAGAUGAGAUUGUCGGGCGGCUUUUUCAAUGUCUACUUGCAAGCCGUGUCCAUCGCUGGCAGUGCUGCUGCAGGCUUUGGCACGACCAUCAUCGACAGCGGAACCACGUGGACAUAUUUUGGUUCACGGCCCUACCGUGCCAUUCGGAAAGGCAUUGAGGACUUCUGCAGCGCUCAAAAGAGCUGUGGGAUUCAAAGGGGUAACUGUUGGGAAGCAUCUGACUUGUCGGGAUUCCCUGACCUCCAGAUGGACUUCGAUGGUGUGGAUGUUCGCUGGGUACCACGAGCCUAUCUCUACCGGAAGGCAAUCGGAACGCGCUGGUGCUAUUCCUUUCAGGACGAUGGCCCUGGGGCAAGUACGGUGCUGGGUGCAAGCUGGAUGAUGCAUCAGGACGUCAUUUUCGAUAUGGCGAGGCAGCGUGUAGGUGUCGUCCCAGCCGAUUGUCCCAGACAUCAGAUCCGACCUGAACAUGAUCCAGAGGCGAUGACAAGGGUGCGUGGAGCCACCAUCACCAGUGUGACCACAUCAAGCAAAGUGCACUCUGUGCUGGUGCAGCCUCUUCAGGUGAAGAAGUUCAACAUUGGUUUGCUUUGGGCUGGCCUUGCCAGUGGGGCUUGCUUGGCAACGGGCUUCAUCAGCAUCGUCGCGGCGGCGUGCAGGCCACAAGCUCCAUCAGAGAAGGCCGAUGGGAAAGAUGCCAAACAUGGAGAAGUGAUUGGGAAAGCUCAAGCGACGGACGAGGAGGAGAAUGAAUUGUUGGUCCACCAAGAAGGUGCUCCGAUGCAAAACUUCCUCAAGAUCGCGUGAUUUGUGAGA